AUGGCCAUGAACGAGGGCACGCCGCUGUGGCAGUCGCCGGCCAGCUCCGUGGCGUCCGUGGCCGGCUCCACCGUGCGCGAAGGUGCCGCGGGCCCCGCGCGGGCUCCUGCACGCGCGCGCCGCUCGGGCCUCUUCCCCGCUGGCGUGACCCCGCGCAUGAUCCGCGCCGCGACCGUCGCCGGGCUGCUGGUGGCCAUGGCCGUCUACAUCAUCGGCGGGACGACGCUCGCUACGACGGUGCAGGGCGCGGAGGCGGCGACGCUGAGAGACGCGGAGGCCGCACAGACCAGGAACAGCCGGACGGACGGCGCGGCCGCUAACGACGGCGUACUGUUCCUGCCGGGCUUCGGCGCCCCGCUGGAGAAGCAGGUGGGUCCAGCGCAGAGACUCUCUCAGCUCAGAGGAGCGGACGGCGUGUUGCGCUCGGUGCUGCUGCCGUUCUGGCCGCUCGUGCUGGCGUGCGUGGUUGUGUUGGUCGUGCUGAGACUCAUGGACGGCCCGUGCCUCGACUAUUAUACGCGCGCGCCCCUGCAGAUCGACGACCGAACACCGCUGCUGCUGUGGCUCAAUGGAGGGCCCGGCGCGUCGUCUAUGACGGGGCUGCUCGCUGAAAUGGGGCCCUACCGACUCACCAAAGAGCGGAAGCUCAUCCCGCACGUGCACUCGUGGACCAACAUCGGCCACAUGCUCUUUUUCGACCAACCCGUUGGGACGGGAUACUCAUCAGUACGCGACGACGUCGGUCACGUGAAUACACAGGAGGAAGUAGCGGAGCAGCUUUAUCGCGGCCUUCAGGGAUUUUUCAGACGUCACCCGGAGUACAAGCACAAUCCGCUGUACGUAUGCGGCGAGUCGUACGCGGGCAAGUACGCGCCGUCGAUCUCGCACUACAUCCAUAUGAAGAACAGCGGCGCUCUUGACCAAGACGACGUGAUGAUCAACUUGACCGGCGUGGCCAUUGGCAACGGAGACAUGUGGCCCGUGCUCCAGACUCGUUCAGUACCAGAUUUUGCUAUCGCCCUGGGGCUCAUCGAUUCGCAGCAGUACGAGAACGCCAACGCGCGGAUCAGCGUGUGCGAGGAGCUGCACCGACAAGGGCGCGACGUGGAAGCCUUCCAGGUGUGCCAAGCCGUCACCCAGAAGAUCUACGAGGCCGCGGGGAACCCGUUUAUUUAUGACAUCCGCCAAUCGGGGAACACCUUCUCGGACGUGAGCACGCUGCUGUCGAGCUACUUCAACGACGAUGCAGUGCGUCGAGCGCUGAACGUGCCACCCGGAACGCCUUGGAUGUCGGUGGACGGGUCUGCCUACGGCACCUCACCGUCAGCACCGGCACUCGUGCGUCACCUGCUGCAGGACGAGAUGCUGGACGUACCGAUCGACGUGUUCCGCGACCUUCUGGACAACUACAAGUUCCUCUUCUACGCCGGCAACAUGGACGGCUCCGUAUGCAACAACCUGGGCGUAGGGCGCAUCAUCGACCGACUUGCCUGGACAGACACAGCCAAGUACCGCGUGGCCAAGCGUCAGCCGUGGAUGGUGGACGGGCAGGUGGCGGGGCUGGCCAAGUCGGCAGGCAACAUGAGCUACGUGGUGGUGCUGAACUCGGGUCACCUGGUGCCCGCCGACCAGCCCGAGGCGUCGCUAGACAUGAUGCGGCGCUUCAUCAACAACGAGCCCUUCACCAGCCCACACCCAUACACAGCUCCUAGACCAACCAGCCCACGCUCCUCCUUCCAGUCUGCGCGUCCGUCCAUUGCGUUUUUGUCGUGCAGAGGGACCGCCACCGCAGGUUGUACAUACCUAUACAGCAGAGCCGUGAGCGAGCAA